AUGGAUAACGAGCUCCACGUUCAGGGCGGACAAUUAGACGAUGAGACGGACGAUCUUGACAUCGAUAACAUACUCAUGGCGGUCAUUGUCAUGGGACUGAUUUUCUUUGACCCUAGACUGAAUCAUGUUUCAAGAAGGAGAAGAAUCCGAGAUAGUGCACUCUCUGGCAGGGAUUAUGUACUUGAGGUGCUAAACGGCCAUCCGGAUCGAAUUAUCGAGAAUAUGCGCCUCUCUGUGCCCCUGUUCCUACACUUGUGCGACAUCUUGGUUGACCGAGGGUACUGGCACGCAUAUCAUUCUCAGAGGGUUGGGGUUCAUGAAUCCGUUGCCCUAACUCUAAUGUGCUUGAGCCAUGAUGAGCGUCAUCGGGUUUUAGCCGAGCGUUUUCAACAUUCCACGGAGACAAUUGAUCGGCAUGUAAGAAGAGUUCUGCGAGCAUUGGUGCGACUCGGUCGUGAUUUUGUUAGGCCGAGGAAUGUUGGUGAGACACACCCCAGAAUUUUGAACAACGGACUGUUUUACCCGUGGUUCAAGGAUUGCGUCGGUGCCUUAGAUGGAACCCACAUCUCAGCUUGGUGUCGAACAGAGAUAAGCGAGCGAUACAGAAAUAGGCACGGUGGGCUGUCUCAAAAUGUGCUUGCAGCUUGUAAUCAUGACAUGCGUUUUGUUUACGUUCGAGUCGGUUGGGAGGGCAGUGCACACGACGCCAGAAUUCUUCAGGAAACACUGCACCAUCCAAAUUCAGGAUUUCCAAUGCCACCUCUAGGAAAAUAUUAUAUGGUGGUUGCUGCCUACACUAACAUGCCCGGGUUCAUGGCACCGUUUAGGGCAGCGAGGAGCACGCAGCAUGAGCGGGCCGCUAAAGCUUUAUUCAACCGACGACACGCUUCUGUUAGAAAUAUUAUUGAACGAAGUUUUGGGGUUCUUAAGAAACGGUUUCCGAUACUGAAGGGUCCAAUGCAGAACUACCUCAUAGCAACUCAGAACAAUAUCGUGCUUGCAUGUUGUACUCUCCACAACUUCAUGAGAGAUUAUGCGCAUAACGAUGAAGAAGCUGCCCUCGGAGCCCAACUAGAUCUCCAGGACGGAGGAAAUGAAAUCCAUGAAGCCUAA